UAAUAGAGACGUAUAGCAGACUUUCUUAUCCUACACAGUUCGGAAUGUUGACACUUUCUCUCAUUUACUUUCAUUGUCAUUGUUACUGGAUAAAAAAGUUUUUACUAAUAUUUAAAGUCUUCUCGUGAAAUAAUUCGCCGCCGUUAUGAAAGGUGAUAACCGAUGUACACGCCUUUGGUUGAUGUAUUGAAUAAUAUGGUAUUGUAAUCAACAAUGGCGUUAUUUUUUUAUAAAUAAAAUUGCCGAGGUAACACGAACAAAGAAAUAUUGAAUGAAUUUCUCUUUAUUAUUGUUCUUAUUUCGAACGUAGGGAACUUAGAUUCAACUGUGAAGGUUUAUAUUUGUCAUUUCACUCAACCGAGUCAUGUUUUAUUGUGUUUAUACGACGUUACUGCUGGUGGUGGUUUUGUGUACAUCUUACACAGCUUCAUUAUACAUCAACGAUAUUGACGAUGAAAAGUUUUUGACAAGUGUAGAAAAGAACUUAAGAGCGAUACAUACGAAAUUUGCGGAUGAGAGAGCAAAACAAGCAGUGUUGAACAAAGAUGGGAACAACGAGGAAGAUCUAAUGAAGUUAAAAUUUCAAAGUAAAAAUAAAGAAGAUGAAGACGAAAAUGAUUACUUUGUUCCUGAACAAAAUGGCUACCUUCUUCACGACUAUUACAUCAGACUGUCUAAGAAAUUUCCAAGGCUUGAUUUUGACUUACUAAGGCAAAAGCUAAUCGAUGACGUCAAUGCAUUAGAAGACGGUGGAACGAAAUCCGAAAAAAAUAAAAACAUGUUUAAAAAUAAUGCAAACCUAUUUUCGUUGGAUUUUGAAGCAGAUGGUAUUGUUCUAAAGGAUGACGAAGAUGACGAUGAUGCUGAUGAUGAUAAUGACGAUGAUAAUGAUGAUGCUGGAAAUGAGGAGAAGGAUUCUGAAGAUGGAGAAGAUUAAAAACAAAUAAACUCAUUUUAACUUUGAUAGCUACAAUAAUGUCACAAAAAAUGAAAAACCUGACCUGGGAGGGAGAUCCAUAUUUCGAGAUAUAGAUGAUCAAAGAUCUGUGAUGGAGGACAUGUCAAAGUAGGGGAGACAUGGAAUGUGUAAAGAAGAAUUUAAAUAUAUAGAAAGAGAUAAUAAAUGUAUAAGAAAGAGCAAUUUAAUAAAAAAAUAAAUUAUAACAGAAUUGUCAAAGUAAAAA